AUGUUCGAGUUACACGAUGCAAAAGUAUUAAAAGCGUGCCAUGCCCCCCGCCAGGACCACAGCUCAAUUCAAAAAACAAUUUCGACUUUUAUUUAAGCGAAACAAAGGCGUGCGCGUCUUGAAAACCACAGCAACAACACUUCUUGUUUAUUUGUUCUUUUGUAACUUAACUUUUUAAUUCCCUUACGAACACAACACAUUCAUCCAUCUAUAAAAAAUGGCCACUGAGACUUUCAAGUUUGAGGCUGAGAUCAGCCAAUUGAUGUCUUUGAUCAUCAACACUGUCUACUCUAACAAGGAGAUUUUCCUUCGUGAGUUGAUUUCCAACGCUUCUGAUGCUAUUGACAAGAUUCGUUACCAGAGUCUUUCUGAGCCCUCCGUCUUGGACGCUGAGAAGGACCUUUACAUCCGUAUCACUCCCGACAAGGAGAACAAGAUCCUUUCCAUCCGUGAUACUGGUAUUGGUAUGACCAAGAAUGACCUUAUCAACAACCUCGGUGUGAUCGCCAAGUCUGGUACCAAGCAAUUCAUGGAGGCUGCUGCCUCUGGUGCCGAUAUCUCUAUGAUCGGUCAAUUCGGUGUCGGUUUCUACUCUGCUUACCUCGUUGCCGACAAGGUCCAAGUUGUUUCUAAGCACAACGAUGACGAGCAAUACAUCUGGGAGUCCUCCGCCGGUGGCAGCUUCACCGUUACUCGUGAUGAGAGCGGUUACGACUUGAAGCGUGGUACUGAGAUUCGUCUUUUCAUGAAGGAGGACCAACUCGAGUACCUCGAGGAGAAGCGCAUCAAGGAUGUCAUCAAGAAGCACAGUGAGUUCAUCUCUUACCCCAUCCAAUUGGUUGUCACCCGUGAGGUCGAGAAGGAGGUCCCCGUUGAGGAGGGUGAGGAGAAGUCCGAGGAGGCUUCUGAGGACAAGUCUACCAAGAUUGAGGAGGUUGAGGACGAGUCUGAGAAGAAGGACGAGGAGAAGAAGACCAAGAAGGUGAAGGAGACUAAGACUGAGACUGAGGAGCUUAACAAGACCAAGCCCAUUUGGACUCGUAACCCCUCUGAGGUCACCAAGGAGGAGUACGCCGCCUUCUACAAGUCCUUGACCAACGACUGGGAGGACCACUUGGCCGUCAAGCACUUCAGUGUUGAGGGUCAACUUGAGUUCCGUGCUAUCUUGUUCGUUCCCCGCCGUGCUCCCAUGGAUCUCUUCGAGGCCAAGCGCAAGAAGAACAACAUCAAGCUUUACGUCCGUCGUGUCUUCAUUACUGACGACUGCGAGGAGCUUAUUCCCGAGUGGUUGGGCUUCAUCAAGGGUGUGGUCGACUCUGAGGACCUUCCCUUGAACCUUUCUCGUGAGAUGCUUCAACAAAACAAGAUUAUGAAGGUCAUCCGCAAGAACCUUGUUCGUCGUUGCCUCGACAUGUUCAACGAGAUUGCCGAGGACAAGGAGAACUUCAAGACCUUCUACGAUGCUUUCAGCAAGAACUUGAAGUUGGGUAUCCAUGAGGAUGCUGCCAACCGUCAAAACUUGGCUAAGCUUCUUCGUUACAACUCUCUUAACUCCCCUGAUGAUGUUAUUAGCUUCGAGGACUACAUCACUAAGAUGCCCGAGCACCAAAAGAACAUCUACUUCAUCACUGGUGAGUCCAAGCAAGCCGUUGAGCACUCUCCCUUCUUGGAGAUCUUCCGCGAGAAGAAGUUCGAUGUCUUGUUCAUGGUUGACCCCAUUGACGAGUACGCUGUCACUCAACUCCGUGAGUUUGAGGGCAAGAAGCUCGUCAACAUCACCAAGGACGGUCUUGAGCUUGAGGAGACCGAUGAGGAGAAGGCCGCUCGCGAGAAGCUCGAGAAGGAGUAUGAGGAGUUCGCUAAGCAACUCAAGACCAUCUUGGGUGACCGUGUCGAGAAGGUUAUCGUUUCCAACAAGAUCGUCGGCUCCCCUUGCUUGUUGACCACCGGUCAAUACGGUUGGUCCGCCAACAUGGAGCGUAUCAUGAAGGCUCAAGCUCUUCGUGACACCACCAUGAGCAGCUACAUGGCCAGCAAGAAGAUUCUCGAGAUUAACCCCAAGUCUCGUAUUAUCUCUGAGUUGAAGAACAAGGUUGAGGCUAACGGUGUCGAGGACCGUUCCGUCAAGGAUCUUACUAACGUUCUUUUCGAGACUGCUCUCCUGUCUUCCGGUUUCUCUCUUGAUGACCCUAAUGCCUAUGCUAACCGCAUCAACCGUCUUAUUGCCAUUGGUCUCAGUGUUGACGAGGAGGAGGAGGCUGCUCCCGCUGCUGAGGCUACUGAGGCUGCCACUGAGGAGCCCGUUGUCGAGAGCAAGAUGGAGGAGGUUGACUAAGCAAUUUAGUCAAGCAUCCUUUCCACGUUUGUUAACGAUCGUUUAUGAGCACUUGGACUCGGUAAAAAUGCUCGUUUCUGUGGAAUAUGAGCGGAUAUCAAAAAUAGUCAACUUUGCAUAUGUAGAAUUUAGGAAUUGAUAAAGUUUGUUUCGUGGUUAAAAA